AGCCAGACCACCUACGUCAUGUGGCCUCAAUGGGGAUGCUCACUGUGGUAGGCAGAAUAAUGGCCCCUCAAAGAUGUCCACAUCCUAAUUUCGAAAACCUAUGAAUAUGUUACCAUACAUGGCAAAAGAACUUUGCAGAUGUAAUUAAAACUGGCAAAAUAAUGGUAUCAACAACCAAAAUAAGAAUACUGGGACUGAGCACAGUUGCUCAUGCCUGUCACACCAGCGGCUUGGGAGACCAAGUUGGAGAACACGGCGGCAUGCCUGGUAACUGAACUACAAGUCCCAGAGUGCAUCUCUACGAGGAUUCUGGGAAGUGUGGCAGAAGCUGCAAUGGUCCCUCUGGGGAACGGAAGCCGUUGAACGUGAACAUUUGGUUUCCUCUUUUGUGCUGAUUCCUGAGGAAUAGGAAGGUGCCCCGAAAAGAAUUCAGAGACCUGACAAUGUUCCUGUAUUGUGGAAUAGCUUGCAGGAGAAAAUUCUUUUGGUGCUAUAGGCUGCUGUCAACCUAUGUUACUAAGACACGGUAUUUAUUUGAACUGAAGGAAGAUGAUGAUGCAUGUAAAAAAGCCCAGCAAACAGGAGCGUUUUACCUCUUUCAUGGUCUGGCUCCUCUGCUUCAGACUUCAGCACAUCAAUACCUGGCCCCCCGACAUAGCCUGUUAGAGUUGGAAAGGCUCCUGGGUAAAUUUGGACAGGAUGCACAAAGAAUAGAAGAUUCUGUGUUGAUUGGAUGCUCCGAGCAGCAGGAGGCAUGGUUUGCUCUGGAUCUAGGUCUGGAUAGCUCCUUUUCCAUAAGUGCCUCCUUACACAAACCUGAAAUGGAGACAGAGCUCAAGGGGUCUUUCAUUGAGCUGAGAAAGGCUCUCUUUCAACUCAAUGCAAGGGAUGCCUCCAUGCUGUCCACGGCUCAAGCUCUUCUCCGCUGGCAUGAUGCUCAUCAGUUCUGCAGCAGAAGUGGGCAGCCCACCAAGAAGAACGUGGCUGGCAGCAAGCGUGUGUGCCCUUCCAAUAAUAUCAUCUAUUAUCCACAGAUGGCUCCUGUGGUGAUCACGCUGGUGUCAGAUGGGACCCGAUGCCUGCUUGCCCGCCAAAGCUCCUUUCCCAAGGGAAUGUAUUCUGCCUUGGCAGGUUUUUGUGAUAUAGGUGAAAGUGUGGAAGAGACCAUCCGUCGAGAAGUUGCAGAAGAGGUGGGAUUGGAGGUGGAAAGCCUGCAGUACUGUGCAUCCCAGCACUGGCCCUUUCCUAGUGGCUCACUCAUGAUUGCUUGCCAUGCAACUGUGAAACCAGGGCAAACAGAAAUCCAGGUGAACUUGAGAGAAUUAGAGACAGCUGCCUGGUUCAGUCAUGAUGAGGUAGCCACAGCCCUGAAGAGAAAGGGCCCCUAUACUCAGCAACAGAAUGGGACUUUCCCAUUCUGGCUGCCCCCUAAGUUAGCCAUCUCCCACCAACUGAUUAAGGAGUGGGUGGAAAAACAGACCUGUUCUUCCCUGCCUGCUUAGCCCAGACCAAGUAACUUAGAUCGCUCCUUGGUAUUCCUGAGGGACAAACUAGAGAUCAGUUGACAAAGAAGUGAAAAAGACAAGCUACAGGACCUCAGAAGGGCAGAGCAGAGGGUGAGCCUACAGUAAGACACUUCUAUCAGCAGUGUUAAUGGAAGAAAUUCCUACCAAUGGGCAAUCAAAAAAGCCAGUGUGAGAAGAAAACUGAUGAGCUGUCAACUGUCAAAACUCAGGGGGAAGGCGGAAGCAUUAGUUUGGAUGCAGGCCCUUGUUCAGUCAUUUUCUCCAAGGCCUUGGAAACAAACAUCUUUUGGCAUAUGGCUUGUUAAUGUUGUGUUUACACUAACUGCCAAAAUGUGCCUGUUGUAAGUUUGGUGAAAACUUCUUUUAUCUUAGUAUUGAAAAUAUAUAGCAAGUUUCAAGUCAUUACUGAGUUACUUGUUACCCUUACAGAAUUAAGAAAAAUAGCACAGUAUAACAUAUUUAAAUUCAUGUACAGGUGCAUUCUAGUUACAUGUACAUGGUAGUUAAAUAAAAGUCAUAAUUAAGUCAUUAUGACUCAGAGUACUUUAUAAUAAACCAGAUGCCAUGAGGCUCUGUUGAGGUAGUAGAAUCUCAAUGGGACUCCAGAGAGUAAGUCUUUUUUGCUGUUUUCAGCUCUGUCACAUGCUCAGUUCGUGACCCAGGGAAAAGACUCUCGCUUUGCCAUGCCUGUUUUCCUAAAUAAAACAGUUGCUGGCAUUUGCACAUCCACAAUGUGUUGAUUAACUUUAACAAAGGGAUUGGUGGAGAUAAACAGAUGCCAAACCUGACCUAUUUCUUAAACUUUAUGGAAUAAACUAAAUUUAGGAUUUCUCAUCAUUCAUAUAUGAUGCCAUAAGGGAGAAGAGAUUAUUUGGGGAAAAUAAAAUGUCCACACC